AUGACUCUCCACCGUCCUCCCUUACCCAGCCCACUACCCAUUACUCUUUCUUGGGGUAUUCGUCAGCUGGACGUUAAAAAUGAUUUUCUUCAUGGUGACCUAGCUGAAACGGUUUAUAUGCAUCAACCACCGGGUUUUGUUGAUUCCGCUCAUCCCGAUUAUGUUUGCCGCCUUCGUCGAUCUCUUUAUGGACUUAAACAAGCACCUCGGGCAUGGUUUCAACGUUUUGCACAAUUUAUUAUUGGUUGCGGUUUUCGUGGAAGUGUUUGUGAUUCCUCACUAUUUGUUUAUCACUCUGGUUCGGAAACUGCAUACUUAUUACUAUAUGUGGAUGAUAUUGUUUUAACCGCUUCUACUGAUGCCCUUCUAGGUCGUUUCAUUGAGUUAAUGAAACGUGAAUUUGCUAUGACUGAUCUUGGUGCGUUACACCAAUUUCUGGGUAUCACUGUGACCCGCUCAGAUUCAGGAUUGUUUCUGUCACAGUCUUCAUAUGCACAGGAUAUUAUUGCUCGUGCAUCGAUGACGAACUGCAACCCAGUCGCUACUCCAGUUGAUACACAACCGAAGCUCAGUACUACAUUUGGCCCUGCACUCAAGGAUCCAACAUUAUACAGAAGUCUGGACGGAGCUCUUCAAUACCUGACUUUCACCCGCCCCGACAUUUCUUAUGCCGUGCAGCAGGUUUGCUUAUUUAUGCAUGACCCUAGGGAAUCACAUAUGCAGGCUAUUAAACUCAUUCUCAGGUAUCUUCAGGGCACUCUUGAUCACGGUUUAUUUCUGUACGCUUCCACUGUUACUGGUUUGACUGCGUACUCUGAUGCUGACUGGGCGGGUUGUCCGGAUUCUCGUCGGUCGACCUCUGGCUACUGCAUUUUUCUUGGAGACAACCAGAUAUCUUGGUCAUCCAAACGACAAGUUAUUGUAUCUCGUUCUAGUGCGGAGGCCGAAUACAGAGGAGUUGCCAAUGUUGUUGCUGAGACUACUUGGUUACGCAAUUUACUUCUCGAGCUUCACAUCCCGUUACGACGUGCCACUAUUGUCUACUGUGAUAACAUUAGUGCCAUUUACAUGACUGGGGAUCCUGUCCAGCACCAACGCACUAAACAUGUGGAGAUUGAUAUUCAUUUUGUACGUGAGCGUGUACGUAUCGGUGACAUUCAUGUCUUGCACAUCCCUUCUGACAGUCAAUAUGCAGAUAUCUUCACCAAGGGCCUUCCUCGAGUAUUGUUUGUUCGUUUCCGUUCUAGUCUUAACGUGUGCUCCUCUCCCGUUACGACUAAGGGGGUGUAA